AUGUUGUUUAAAGGGAUCAAUUCCUCUUCUUCAUCCGAUCGAUGCCAUAGGCUUCGCCGCGGAUUCGUACGGAACAAGCGUAUAACACGCAUUUCUUUUUCCAUCUAUUUCCCCAGAAGAAUUAUACAUCUAUCUAUCUAUCUAUCUAUCUAUCUAUCUAUCUAUCUAUCUAUCUAUCUAUACAUAUAUACGGUCAAUUCCACGGGCGAAGAAGUCACGGUUCUUGGAGGCAAUCCAUGCUUUGACAUCGGUCACCAAGUUAGCCAAAUCGGCAUAAACUUUGUUCACCUGCCAAUUAUUCAGCGAUCGAUUGACGUGGUAGUCCGUAGGCGCUUCUGUGGGAGAAUAUGGCGGAUGUGGAAGCAGUUCCCAGCCCUUAUUGGCGAUACAUUCGACAACACGACGCUCAAACUAUGGGCGCGCAUUAUCGUGGUGGAAGACGAUAUGGUUCUUUUUGCGCAGUCUUUUCGACUUGAUUGCAGCGUGAAGGCGGUCAAGUUGAGCCAGAUAGCCAUCACUGUUGAUGUUAAAUUGCCACUUGUAUGA